GGCGAUUCCUACUGAAAAGUCAUUUAAUGUCUUUUAUUAGAUAAAUUUAAGGCAAAGUCAUAGGAAUGUGCGUUAAUUUGGUUUAAUUUUGGUGCUUAAGUGUUAUGAAUAUAUUGUCAAUAUUAGGAGAAGAAAUAUUUCCAAGUUGUAUUGUUCAAUGACGUUUAAUGUAGUGUCCAGUUACAAUAAGGUGUUGUAGCAUCUGUCAUUGAAUAAAAACCUCAAAGCACUUAAGAUUAAAAAUGGCAGUUAAACAAAAAGUAAGUGAGUGUGUGGACCCUUCUGCCGAGGCAAGGCUCCAAACAAUUCUGCGCGCCUUGCAAGAUAUCCGAGCUUGCAGCAGCAUAAAUGAAAAGACAUGGGUGAACAUUGUCUCAUCAUUGGGUACUGUAUUGAUACCAUCGGACCCAGUGGAAUACAAAAGGUUUAUAGGCGACAUUGAAAAUGUUUUAGAUAUAUUGGCCAAAGAGUGUUCCAGUCAAGAAUUGAUUUUUUUCACUUUAAAAUCAUUUUACGAUGAAAUAUCUAAACCAGAGAAACAAUUGUCGCCUGUUAUGUCUAUUGUAUUGCAACUUAUGGAUGUGGAAAAUAUACCCACCGCUGUAAAGUACAUACUAAACAUGGGAUAUCAUGAACAAAGCCUAGAGAGGGCGCUGUAUACCUUGUGCACUUGGCUGAAAAAAUGGACCUGGACAAAAAACUUGGGUCCUUUAGUUCUGGCUUUUAUGAGGGGAUUGGAAAACGAACACCACUACGAUAUACUUGUUGAUGUUACAGUGGCAACAGUAGACCAGCUUUUUUUGCUUCUAAUUUUACCGGAUAUUCGUAAGAGUGUCGAGCCUGUAGUUUUCUACAUGCUGUCCAGAGUGCAGCACAGUCCGCAAGCGUUCCACAAGAUCGCUCCACACGUAAAGAACGUCAUCGAAAUGUUGGAGCGGGAAAACAGCGAGAGCAGUCGCGAGUGUCUCGCCAAAGUUGUUCGUCUGUGUGUUGAGUUGAUGCUCCACUUCCCGGGAUACGCGUCUCUCUACGAACCGCUCAAGAAAACUCUUCAUUCCUACUACUCGGAAUCCAAACACCAGCAUUUCCUCGAUUGCAAAUCCUGGUCGGAAGGAUCGGGCACCGUCGUACCCAGUCGCUGUUUCUCUGGCAAAGUCGGAUUAAAUAAUUUGGGUAACACGUGUUACAUGAACAGCGUGUUGCAGGCUUUGUUCAUGACGAAAACGUUCCGUAAUCGGAUUCUGCUGAACGAUAAGGAAAUGAUGGCACUGUUCUCCAAGCUACAAGUUCUUUUCGCACUUCUACAACAUUCUAAAAAGUAUUCGCUUAGUCCAAACGAUAUUUUAAAUUUGUCGCGCCCGCCUGGAUUCGUUCCCGGUCAUCAGCACGACAGCUCCGAGUUCUUGGGAUAUCUGUUGGACACUUUACACGAACAGGAGAAGAAUUUAUUUAGUCAACCAGAAUUAGAUGAUAGCAUGACUGGUAUAGUUCCUACAAUGGUCCAAGAAUCGUUUGGAGGCAAGACAGGGACAGUGUCACAAUGCGACGAAUGCCUGACGAAAAGCGAGCGGGGCGAUAACUUCCGCGAGCUGCAGUUGUCUUUUCCGCCCAGCAUCUGCGAAGACCAGUCCGUGCAGACGCUUCUCCACUACUAUUUGCAACCGGAAAAACUGAGCGGCGACAAUCAGUAUCACUGUGAUAAUUGCGGUCGGCUGACGGACGGUGAACGCGUCACCAAAAUCAUCGACCCCCCUCAGAGGCUCGUAUUAACCUUGAAACACUUUCGGUACGAUCCUGCGCUACAGCAGCGCACCAAGAUCCUGCAGAGAGUGAAGCUUAAUAGCCAUCUGCAGCUAGAAAAUCAGCAGUACGAGUUGUACGCUGCUGUGGUACACUGUGGAUCCAGUGUGGAUUCCGGGCAUUACUACACGUUUGCUAGAGACGGCUCUGACUGGUAUAAGUUCAAUGAUUGUUCUGUGAUGAAGACCACUGGAGAGGAUCUGUGCAAGCUUAAGCCCCCAGAAACCCCGUACAUUUUGUUUUAUGUGCGCCAGGAUUGCGUCGAACCGGAAAAUUUGCCCUGCGCCUUGCUCUCGAGCAGGUUGCAGUCGGCGUUGUCUAAGGACCUUUUAGAGUAUGAGACUGACAAGAAGAAACCACUUAGAACGUACAACACCAGGCAAAAUAGAAACGAUGAUCCCCCGCCACCUGGUUGUGGAGGGGGUGGCUUUAAUACCAACAACAGUAAUAUGUUUGUGUGCUAACUGUAAUAUUUAUGUAAAUGUAAAUAUAUUUUGGUUUUUGAGAACAGUGCAGUUUUUCUUAAUGUUUAGUAAGAAUUAUUUAUUAUUUUGUAAAAAUUUCAUUGCCAAAGACUUUGUUAAAAUUUGAUUUUUUACAUCAUACACAUUUUCAGUCGCUACUGAAUCUAAUAAUAAAUUGCACAUUUCAAAAACCAAGCCAACCGGAUUUGGUAAUUAUUAUAUUAGCAAAUUAUAGUAUUCAAAUGUUAUUUUAAAAAAUCUACUUAAUGAUGUUUUUCAUCUAAAAUCAUCUAUUGUGAUAUUGUACAUUUUUUAGAUUAAAAUUAUUUAUUUUGAAAAAUCUGCUUUAUCACCAUAUUUAAGGA